AAGGUCACAUCGAGUGAGCAAGUGCGAAAUUGAAAACAGUUCACGAAUGCUCAUACAAGAAGCUCAUUCCACGGCCUGCAGGUUGAAGAUUCAAGGCAAGGUCAGAUUGUGAUUCGUAAGUCGCCCUCGUACAUGAUACACAUCUUCAGGCUUCAUUAAAUAUUAAUUGCCCCAUCAGUCUGGGAGACACAUCAGCACCAUGUAGCCCUCCAGCAAAGCCCCCACUAUCAGGCGCUCAGGGACGCCCUUUCGGUGGCAGUCGAGGGACAGCGCCAAAUGGUCCAUGUCCUAGUUCAACAUGACUGUUCACAAGUGUUUACGGCGCCUCACGUCGGCAUCGCAAUUAACACAGUAAAGGAAGUGAAGAGCAUGACAUUGCUAAAGCGCCAGUUGGACAUACUCGUGUCUCAGAGCUUUGACGAGGUGGUAGCCCACACCUGCGGAGAAGUGCUCGAGGAUGACCAGAAGAUCGUGUUGUUUGUUGGUUGGAAGUCACAUGAACAUCGUGAGAGCUUGAAACGGAACAAAGAUCCCGAACUGGAGAAGCUGAUCGGGAACAUAAACCUUCUGGCAGACGUAAAUGUCAGACAUGUGGGGUUCAAGAAGUAUUCAGCAUAGGAGUCUUGUGGAUGUUCACCAGAGUACAUUGAUGUUGUCUUGCAGAUCGCAUGGGCUAGCUCAGGUCUAAUACUGAAUCAAUGGAUCAGUAUUUUUUAUUUUAAUGACGCCACAUGAACUUCGAUUGAUGCCUUAACCAAAU